GCCGCCAGUGAGGCUGCGCUGAGGCUGCGGGGCCGGAUGGCCGAGCCGCCCGCCCCGCGCACUCGGGCGGCGGCCGGCAGCGGGCGAGGACACCGGGCGAGCCCUCCCUGCCGGGAGAGCCAGCCCUGCGCACGGCAGCGCCAUGGUCUCAUGGAUCAUCUCCAGGCUAGUGGUGCUUAUAUUUGGCACACUUUACCCUGCAUAUUAUUCUUACAAAGCCGUGAAAUCAAAGGACAUCAAAGAAUAUGUCAAAUGGAUGAUGUACUGGAUCAUAUUCGCACUCUUCACGACAGCAGAGACAUUCACGGAUAUCUUUCUUUGCUGGUUUCCAUUCUACUAUGAACUCAAAAUAGCUUUUGUAGCUUGGCUGCUGUCUCCGUACACAAAAGGCUCCAGCCUCCUGUACAGGAAAUUUGUUCAUCCAACUCUGUCUUCAAAAGAAAAGGAGAUCGAUGACUGCCUCAUCCAGGCAAAAGACCGGAGCUACGACGCCCUUGUGCACUUUGGGAAGCGGGGGCUGAACGUCGCAGCCACGGCAGCCGUCAUGGCAGCUUCAAAGGUCUCUCAGCUACUCCAUUUACACUUGUAUUGGGACCAGAAAAAAGGGCAGGGACAGGGAGCCCUGUCUGAGAGACUACGGAGCUUCAGCAUGCAGGAUCUCUCGACGAUUCGUGGAGACAGCAGCAGCACUGUUCCUCCUUCGGUCACUGUACGAACAAGUAGCAAACAGAGCCACCCAAAACCAUCCAGAAGUGCAUCAGAAGGCACUGGCAGCUCAGUGUGCACGUGUUGCUCGGUGUGCCGACUCCUCAGAGGUGAAAUAAGUGUGGACAUUAGGUAUGAGAAGCCACCUGAGACAAAAUGUGAAACAAAAGGCUCAGUGUUCUCAGAUGAUGAAGAGAACGAUUGUGCAUCCAUGAACAAAAGGCCCAAAAAGAAGGAUCAGCCCCUUGAGGCACCGCCUAGGACCCUUAGACCUCGCUUCAGGAAGAAAAGUACCUCGUCCUCUGCCACUGAAACAAUGUGAGUGCAAUGAGCCAAUAGCACCAAGAUCCACAGAAUGUCUCUCUUCUGCCUUAAAGAGCUACUCAUUCAUAAAGUAGGAAACAGCAGUGGGAUGGAUGUGCUUUGAUGUACAGCACUGUAGACAUGGCCUUUCUCCCUCCUCUCUCCGCAUCCUUCUGUGGCACGCUGCUGGUGUUUGUCCCUGACGUGGGUAGGACAGUCUGGCAGGCACCUGCAGGUGAGGGGUCCUGGUUUGGUUUGCAGAGUGUGCACCCACCCACAGUGUACAUUUACAGUUUCAUUUGUGUCUGCAUAGCUCUUGCUCUGUGAAUGCCCAGAGGAAACAACAAUAAUCAGUUACUCAUGAUGCUACAUUGACGGCGUAUUUAUUUAUGGCUUUAUCAUGGAUGAAGUGGAUUUGCAGAACCCAUGGAUUUCUCUUUCCUCCCUUCCUCCUCAAGACUGUGAAUGAUGUAACAAAUGUCAAAGUACUUUGACUGUACAAAAUGUCCAAGAUUUGUUAGCGAAAGCUGAGCUGCAACUGCGUUUUUUCUGCAAGUAAAUCACAUGUUCUGUGAAAACCAUUGUGCUAAACCCACAGAGACAGAACCACUUACAGAGGAUGAGGAAGUGAUAUGCAAGAGAAAAAAAAUUGUUUCAAUGAUGUAAUGAAGGGAGAGUCCUAAUUUCAAUCAGCCUGAGCCAGGAGAGUAUUUUGUGGAAAAUGAUGCAUAGAAGAACUAAAUCCCACCAUUUGUGGCCAAUGUUCUACUGCAAGUUUUAAAGUGUGAGCAAGCCAGGCUUGAGCAAGCUUCAGCAACAAAAAUUAGAAUUGCUUUAGUGAUGCAUUUCCAGGGGCAAACACACCUUUCUCCCCUGCUGCACCAGUGCCAGUCCCAGCACUCUGCUCUGCUGCUGAGGGGAUGCUGUUCUGCUUGCAUGAGCAGAGGAGGGUGCUGGGUCUGAGUUGCUUUUGGAAGCCUGGAGUUUCUCCUGUAGCAUGGAAUUUGGUUAGAACCACAAGAACAGAAUGGUUUAUUUGUAUCCAUAUAUAAAUGGGAAAUAUAAAAGAAGAGGAAGACAUGGUAGGGUUUGUGUAUUUGUGCUUCAAGUUGGUGUCUCUUGUAAGUGUUGAGCAUGUGAAAUUCACACAUAAUUUAAUUACCCUUUGUGUUUGCUCUUUGACCUGUCACGUAGACUAGAAAAGGAUUUAGCAUUAUGUAGGAUGUGCCAUCACCAAUGGAUCAGCACAGGGGCUCGAUGGUGUCACUGUUCAUCUGGCUCAGGUGCAGCAGCCCAGGGUGCCAAAAGCCAGCUGGAGUGUGCCAGGCUUGAAGAUUACUCUGAAGUGGCCUUUAAAACCAUUUCUCUGCCAGGUGUGCAUCCAUAUCCCAGCUGCCCAUCUGGUGGAUCCCUGAGGUCACCCCCACAGCUUCCUACAUGUGUGGGGAAAAAAGAAAAAAAUUAUGCGCACACAGAAAUGUUUAUCUGACCUGUCUAGGAAAUGGAAAAUCAAGCAGGUGUUUCCUGUGUCUGCCACAGUGUUUGGCCUCAUUACCUGAGAAUUUUAUUUUCAUGUGCUGAUUCAGUCAUAUUUUGCAAAUUUUGAAAAAUUCUUCAGAAAGUAAAUUUAAAAAAAAAAAGCCCAAACAAACCUGUCUAAAGAGCAGUUACAGAAGAGUUGGUCCCUGGAAGAUACUCAGCAAAAGCUUUGAGAAGUUAAGCUUAUGUAUUUUACUUAUAAGCAGCUUUAGAGUUAUUUGAUUUCUUUUGGCUAACAUUAAAAAGAAAUAAGAAAACUGCCUGCACUGUUAGCAGAAAAUAAAAUCCUGUUGCAAGCAAGCCAUGUUUCCCUGCUAUGCAAUGGGCUGCUGUAAAAUAAAAAAGAAGCUGACAAGUUUGCACUCAAUUAUGCCAAAUAACCCAAACAACAUAGAGCUGCAUAACAUCUGACAAGUUCUAAUCUCAGACACGCUGUACUAACAUCGAUUCUCACUAAAACUAUUUAAUGUGCGUCUAAUCUGCUGUUUUACUGUAAACUUGACUGUUUAGCAUUUCUUAAGUGCUGAGGUGAAAUGUUGACAAGGGAGUUGCCUUAUAUCUCUCAAAGCAUUCACUGUAUAAAUGACAAAAAUAAACCUUUUCAUAUCUCUGGAAAAGAAAAAAAUGUAUUAUCAACGGAGCUGUGUAUUUGCUAAUAGACAGAUGUGAAUGCCUGACCUGG